AUGAUCUCUUACAUCGAGAUGUUGAGUUUUAUUGUAAUCGUCUGCACGCGGCCCAAUGACACUGAUAUGCGUGAUGCGAUUCGUCAGACAUGGGCCAAUCCGCAUUUCUCGAAAGCUGUUCACAUAUUUGCUGCAUAUCGUUGGAUUGUUGCCAACUACCCAGGAAAGUUCGUGCUUAAAGUCGAUUCUGAUGUCGUGCUUCACCUUGAUAAGGUAAUUCCCCUUCUUAAGCAACCUCACGAGAGAUAUAUGCUGUGCCAUAUUCACAAAAAGGUCCAACCCAUUCGAGACGUUGAUAGCUUAUGCCCAUCGCGUUCUACAGUUCAAAAGUUUUCAAGGUACAUUCCUGAAUCAUCAUAUCAUGAGCGAUACCUACCCGAUUACUGUAAUGGUCCGACCUAUCUUAUAAGUCCAGCAGCCUUAGCAGCUCUCAUAGAGGUCGCCUGGAGGCAUAAGAUCUUUGAAGUCGAAGACGCUUUCUUCACAGGUGUACUGGCUAGAUCAGCAAAUGUUCAGCUAGUGAAGGAGCCAGGAUUUUGGAAUCGACCGGUGAGUAGAAGGAUUACUGGUCUAUACUUCAGCUCUAGUUUGUCUUCGACACGCCGAAACUAG